GCAGUUUUGUCCGAAUGAGGUAAACGGAUGAGAACAGCGCUUACAUUUCUCAGCAGAGAAAAGUGUUCAUUAGUCUGAUGUAAUUUAUAAUAGUCAACUAAAGGUUUUGUUAUACAUUUAGGUAAAUAUAUAAAGUGUGCAUUGAAUAUAAAAAGAUGCACAUGAAAAGCAUUAUUGGCACUAUAACAUGUAUGAGUGAUUCGGAUUAAUGUGCACUUUGGACUUAAGACGUCGAUUUGGAACGUGUACCUUGGUGUCAUUAGAGUCACGUGCGUUUACACAACCCGGAACAAGAAGAAUAACGCAAUGUUGACACUUUCCGACGACGAGUAACUAGUGGUUCAGAUAAGACAGUCGAAUGGACUGGCGUAACUUAGUUGAUACUAGUAAAGUAUGUACUUUUAGUUAAGCAAAAGACAAGGUGGAAGUUUUAUAACGGACAUCAACAACACCGGGUGGACUAUGCGCUACUUUUUCCUCUCCGGUUUUGUCAUUCUGUUUUCAUUUGGAUUUGUGAGCCGUGUGUGUGCCUGCGUGCAAGACCGUGAGCCAGAAACACCGGACUGGCGAAUGACACUAAAAACGAUCCGGAAUGGAAUUCAUAAGAUAGACACCUAUCUUAACGCAGCGCUCGACUUGUUUGGAGGAGAAGACGGACUAUGCCAUUACAAAUGCAGCGACGGAUAUAAGCCAGUGCCACGUCAUGGUUACAGGCCACCCCCACCGAACGGAUGUGGUUCUCCCAUAUUUGGAGUUCAGUUUGAUAUCGGCAUUCCGUCCAUGACUAAAUGCUGUAACCAACACGACCGUUGCUAUGAUACGUGCGGGAGUGACAAGCACGAUUGUGACGAGCAGUUCCAGGUCUGCUUGGAGACCAUCUGUAGAAAUGUUCAGAGGACUCUGGGAUUGUCCCAAAGUGUGAAAGCCUGCGAGUCGACGGUCCGGCUGCUAUUCGACGCGGUGAUGCACCUGGGCUGUAAGCCGUACCUGGACAGCCAGCGAGCCUCCUGUAUGUGUCUGUAUGAGGACAGGCAGGAGCUGUGAGGUGCACCUGGAGGGGAUUCUGGAGCUGAUGCCAGAGGACAGCCAGGCCUUCCUCCCUCUCAGGGUAACGGCGACCAUGGUUGCUACGGGAGACGUGCGAUAAACAAAGUUGCCAGGGGAGAUGUGGACAUCGGGUCUGUCACACAUCACAAGCGUCAACAUUUAUCUCCACUAGGAAAGAAAACUUUUGAAUUCUGCCGCGAUGCGAACUGAACGAGUAUGCAGGGUUGUGUAGUUUCUCUCUCUUAUUCAUCCGUUUUGUCUGCUUUUUUUGGGUGCAUUUACCCUUUUGUGGAAAAUCUGUUGCCAUGUCCUUUGCACUUGCUGCUGGUUGUCUAAAAUGGGAAUGGCAAAUGACCGCCGUCAUCCUCUGAUUGGCUAGCCGUGUUUCAAGGUGUUCAGUGGUGUUAGAAAAAAUGCAAAUGGUAGGUUCUGCAUACUUCCACUCUCCACCAUGUAGUGGUUAGCAGCUACUUACAGCAAUGUGAUAUGGAGCGGCCAGAAGAAUGUUCUUGUUUCCUCUGCAAAUCAGUGGAAAUGUGCUGAAGAACCAGCAGAUGUUCCACAUAAGUGUGAAGACACAUUAGGUAAGCAGCUUUUAGGAUUGUGUCAACUGUUUUCAUUCUUUCCGAGUCCCCCCUUUAAAACAUAAUACAAAUGAUGAAAAUGAUGAAUGUAACAAAGGCAAGAGUUUAUCUGCACUUUGUUUUGCCAUUUUGUAAAUGCAGUUUGUUGUCUUUAUAAUACUGUAUAUAUUAUUUUGUGAAAUUACACUACUGAUCACUUUGUCGCUGACUACAUUUGAGAACCUGGUUUUCCAGGUAAUGUUCAUUAAAAGUGCUGAUUUAUUAUGAAACCAAA